ACGGACGUUGGCCGGCGGGAAAAGGCUGCUGCAAGACCUAUGCUGUGGGAGCCAAUUCUACCACCCGGAAUGCCUCAACAACCAGAGACUGCCCCACCACGACGAAGACAGAGAAGUCCUGGCCGAUUACUUUGCGCAGUACAGCUUCGUUUGCCCGCCUUGCCUAGAAGACCUACCGGAGAACGCGGAAACCGACCGCAAAAUCACCGCGACCAAGCACCCCAACGUUGACAAAAGGGCAGGCUUGCACGUGGCACCCUACGACCACGAGAACCGCAGGUGGAGGGAUGACUUCGCGAUGAAGACCAGUGAGCAGAUGGAAUCAGGCCGACCAUACCGAGUGGGGAGGAGAGACAUCAGGGACGUCAUGCUCCCGAGCCAAUACAAGGGGUAUAUGGACGUCCCAUCCACCAUGUACACACGCGUACACGGACUCUUCCCUCACCCGGCGCUAACCUCACGAUCAGCCGCCCACAACCACAUGCGAGCUUGGGAGAAGGAAGUGAUGGAGAAACAAGCCGUCUUCGUCGUCAUCACCAACCUGGAACCGCACUACGCGCAAUGUGCCAAGGCCCUUCGCAAGGAGCACGGCAUCCACGAGACUCGGGACGACCUAGAGGACCCAAAAGCACUGCUCCGCCAAGCCGCCUUUCCCCGAAUCGACCAGCCCAACUACCUUAUCUACGCAGGCCCCAACCUUCGGGAACUCAAGAUCAUCGUAGCGAGCUUUGGCCCCAAACCCAUAGACCAACCGGAGGACAAGGAGAUGACGUUCGGUGUGCCAAAAGGGGAGUCCGAAUUGUGGUCAAAUCUGGCGUUGAAAUGGCUCGCCACCGGCGACCUCGGUUCACUUAAGCCGAAGGGAUGGAGGAUGCCGGAGGCCGAAGCGAAACACGGAGGAUCACCGAUGUUCAGAACUCAACUGGGGCACCCGGCAGCGGACGCACAGGCGGUCAUCCACGGAGGAGUGUGGACCACGACAACCUCCGGGGGGGAGACAAACAAGGGUACAUUCCCUCGCCCCACAGCAGAAAGUCGGGACUUGAGAUACGGCCGUGGGUGGGCGGAAUACCUGGAAUUUGCGGAGAAUGCCACGGCACACAAGCGCAUGGCUAUUUGUCACGAAUGGAUCGACCCCGCUAGCCAUGCUCGUCGGAGGAAGGUUAUCGACAACCUCCCUGCCCAAUGUCAACGCAAGAUUCCUGCGGGCUCCCAAGGCACUAUGUGCGUCAUCAACUUCAACGUGGCCGUUGACUGCCAUGUGAACCCCAACGACCAUGGGUUCAUGGUCCAAUACGUCCACGGAAGCUUCUCUCCGGAGACCUUGCCUUCCGCAAUUUGUAUCUCCGUGCCGACGCACCCUCUGGCACAAUCACCUUGGUCCGCACCCAGCUAGCCGAACACACAGUGCUGGACUGGGGACCACUGCCCGGACGGGGCUGCACCAACACCUCGCGUUUCAGUAAGCCCAC